CCUCCAUUUUCUUGGUUUCGCUCACAUUAUCUUUGCAAGAGUGAACCAAAAAAAAAAAAAAAAAUCUUCCUUUAGACACAGAAAGAAGAUAGAGAGCAUCAUCAUCGGGUAGAAAAGGCAAAUGGUGGUCGAAUCGAAGCGAAGCUACGAGGAAUGCCGUCGACAGAGGUUGGAAGAGAACAAGAAGCGAAUGGAGGAGCUCAAUCUGGGCAAGCUCGCACAAGCUCUCAAGGCCUCGAGCCCAAGGACCUUUCCGGUGAAGCAGGUGAAGCGGCCUAGGCAGCCAGUGGACCUCUCUUCGGUGCGGGUGAGAAGGUCGAGCCGUGUCUCUGGCAAGCCCCCUCCGACUUACAAGGAAGUCCCAAUUGAACCUUUGGCGAAGCCCAGAAGCUAUCAGCGGAGAGAUCUGUUAAACCGAUUUUAUGCUUCGGAUCAAGCAAGGCAAGAUGCGAUUGAGAGAGCAGAACAAGUUGAGUCCGGUUUGGGAUCUGACUUCCCCACGUUUCUGAAGCCCAUGCUUCAGUCACAUGUCACCGGUGGAUUUUGGUUGGGUCUUUCAGUCCAGUUCUGCAAGAUGCACCUUUCCGACAAGGACGAAAUUAUCACUUUAAUAGAUGAGAGUGGAAAUGAGUUCCCAACAAGAUAUCUUGCUCGGAAAACUGGUCUGAGUGGUGGCUGGAAAGGGUUCGCCGUUGAUAAUCAACUAGUUGAUGGGGAUGCACUGGUGUUCCAGCUAAUUAUGCCCACCAAAUUUAAGGUGUUCAUCAUUAGGGCAUCUGAGUUAACAGAUAAUGAAGACGAUGACAAGGAUUCAGAUGUCUUGCACAUGGACAGGAGUGCCAAAAGAAUCAAAGCCAGCAGAAAGUAGACUUCAUACUUGAUGAUCUUACUGGAAUUUCGCCCUUAUUUUGCUCCUAGAAAACUCUGCGCGUUACAGGAAUAGAUUUUUGCUACUUCCUCUGCUGCAAUGUACUAACUAACAUUAGGUUCGUCAAUCCUGAGGUUUUUCUCCAAGUUAGCUUAGGAUGUCAUUGUUGUGUACUUGGGAUUUAGGAAUAGCUUUGCAGCAGCAGUCCUUCAAAAUGUAUGGCUCUGUCAGUUAGCCCGCUUUAUUACUGGAAUCUAAUGUAUUAUCAUAUAAUAGCAAUGACUUUUCUAUAUGA